GCUCAGUUGAAAUGCGAACUUGGCGAGCUCAAGACACGACCGUCGGCUAAACACUCUCUCUUUAAAUCCAUAUAUAUAUUUGAUAUGUUAGCUGGUUGAAUUGUAACCCACAUACGACUCAUACGACACCGGCGUAAUCAAAUUAACACCCCCGCACAUGAGAGACUUUUGUGCGGUGAUUUGCAUAAUUGACGCUAAUCGGCGGUGUCUCGUGCUCGCCGGAAAAAGUAAACCCGGACUCAGAAAUAUAUAAAAACAGAUACCGCCAUAUGUUGACGGCGAGUGACAGUGCUUUGUGUGCGCGACAAUUGUGCAAGUGACAAUCGGCAAACAAAAGAUAUUAGACUAUUUUUGGAACCACCAUCAGCAUGAUCACCAUGAACGAGCUGGUGGAUCUGCGCAUGCAGCAGCAUAUAGCGCACGAGAUAUAUCGCCAGCAGAUCAUGCAGCGCAUACCAGAUCCCUUUCCACCGAUGCUACCGAUUCCGAUGCCUCGGCACGUGAUCAUGCCACCCCGAGUCACCCUGCCCGGCGUGGAGAUGACCCUGCAGAACGACGAUCUGUGGAAGCAGUUCCAUCAAAUUGGCACGGAAAUGAUCAUCACAAAAAGCGGCAGACGAAUGUUCCCCUCGAUGCGGCUGAGUGUUUCCGGUUUGGAGGAAGAGAGCAACUACUGCGUGCUCCUGGAGAUGGUGCCCAUUGGCGACUGCCGCUACAAGUUCUCCGGAUCCCAGUGGGUUCCGGCCGGAGGAGCCGAGCCCCAGAGUCCGCAGCGGAUGUACCUGCAUCCGGAUAGCCCCGCCACAGGUGCCCAUUGGCAGGCGCAGCCCAUCCUCUUCAACAAGGUCAAACUGACCAAUAACACGCUGGACAACAGCGGCCAUAUCGUCCUGGCCAGCAUGCACAAGUAUCAGCCGCGUCUGCACGUCAUACGCACCGCUGAUCUGGCGCAGAUUCCCUGGGCCCCACAGCAGGCCUUUGUGUUCGCCGAGACCGAGUUCGUGGCCGUGACAGCCUACCAGAAUGAUCGCAUCACCAAGCUGAAGAUCGACAACAAUCCGUUUGCCAAGGGCUUCCGCGAAACGGGACAAUCGCGCUGCAAACGCAAGAUGUCUUCAUCGCCAACGGGCGAGGAUCAAGAUCAGUCGCAAUCCCAGUCACUAACCCAAUCCGAGUCUGACAUGUCGCCGGCGAAAGGCAGCAGUGAGUCGACUGGAGGAACAUCAACGAUCGGCGAUUCGGAUGGUCCGCAAAUUAAGCGCCUGAGAUCAAAUGGCUCCGCCUGCUCCUUAUCGUCAUCGCUGGACGAUCAGUCGGCGCCUGGCGCCAGUUCCCUGGCUCUGGGCUCCCCGCCGCCCCAUCUGAACGGGCAUCCACAUCAGCAGCAUCCCCUCCAGUCGAGGAGUGCCUCCAGCGUGUUCAUGCAGCACUUCCAGCAGAAUAUGCAGAGUCUGCUGAGGCCCUCGCUUGUGGACCUGGCCUGCACCUACUUCGGGAGACCCCAUGAGUAUGGAGGUGGGGUUCCGACCUCGCCCCUCUACUCUCCAGCAGCCAUUUUACAGGCAGGCCUGGGUCCACAUCCUGGCCUCAACCUGCCCCCGGGCAUUUCCGGUGCCGAGCUCAUAUCCGAUGAGUCGGGAGCCGAAGAACUCGAACUGGAUGUGGGCAGUGAGGCGACCACAGUGGAGCAAUCCUCACAGGAAGCAGCACCAGAACAACCCUCCACAAGGAGCAAGGGCUUCAGCAUAUCGGCCAUCUUGGGGGGAGGAAGUUAGGGGGAUUUUAGUUAUAUGAUAGAUCAAGCUUUGGAAAUCAAGAAUAUAGACAACUAAAUAAAUAAAUAAACUUUGGAAUUUUAACUCAACUUUCUUUUGAAAAUAAAGAAUUCGGAGAAGUGUAAUUCUUUUUAAAAUAAUUUCUUAAAUUUUUUAAGAACGCUGUAAUCUUAACUCCACUCAUUUAAAUAGGUGUUUUAUAAUAUCUUUAUAAAAUGUACAAAUCUAGAGUCUUAUUCUUGAUUUCAGUAGGUGUUUAAACUUACGCAUUGUACUCAUUUUGAUAUUAUACAGAUCCUAGCCUGAUUAGUAAAUA